AGCCUUUUCUCCCAGUCACUACUAACUGAACAAAGAAUACAGGAUGUGCUCAGGGAAUUGCAUACACAGAGAGGAAGCAAGUUGUUUUAGAGCUGGAAAUCUGUGUCUUUAUUAUUUUAUUCCUUUCUGAUGUAGCUGAAGGAAACAUUUUGGAACCAAAAGGAAAUACUGGAAUCAGGACAAAGAGUGAUUGACUUUAGGCACCUUUGAGGCUAUUUAAACCUUGUAACAGAAUGGCUGCCAUGUUUCUGAUGAAGCUCUGCUACGAAGAGGAACGAAAGUUUUGAAACUCUGGAUUAAAGAAUGCACUCUUUAGAUAUAGAAGAUUGCAAAGAUGUUACACAGGUUGCAGCAGAACUCAGUGCCAUGCACCGAAGAGGACUGUUCCUGUGGCUUCUCUCUAGCAUACUUGAAAGAGAGAUGGUGGAUCUAAUUAAAAGCAGCUUUGACUAUUCAAUCAGGUUGGUGACUGAAAAAUAGUCAUUUAAAAACAAAUGAGUGAGUCAAGUACAUAUGGACAAUUGCUCUGCCUGUUUUUCAGCCAGUUUCAGAGAAACAGUGAAACAGUAGGGUUUCAUAUAUCUUUGUGGGGAUUCCCAAAGGAACAAUUGCAUUUGAGAAGUUACACUUUGUAUUUGCAAUGAAUUCAAAACUGAAUAUGGUAAAAGUAUGGCUGGACAAAAAGAAGGAAACAAGGGAGACAUAUACUGGGCCAUUUUUGGGAAAACUCUUCAGCUGAAGUGUUCCUAACAUGACCCAUGAAUCUUAGACUGCUGGAAAACACUCUGUGCAUCCACUGAUGACAGUAUUUUGAAUUUGGAGUCAGCAUGGGUCGCUUGGACGAGCAAGCUAAGAAACGAAUAAUUGAACUGCGAAAAGCUGGCUUGAGCUUCCGGAAGAUUAAGACAGUUUUGGAAGUGGACAACAUUAAGGUAACUGCACAGGCUGUGUACCUUUUCCUGAAGAGAAAGAAGAUCAAUCCUGUGCGAGAAUCGGGACCUGUUCCCCAUCCUGAGCGUCGCGUGACCCAGCUCACUGGGGUGGCCAGAGCAGAUGGAAACCCUGCAUGGGAGAACCAGCAGCUUUGGAAUCUCAUGCAUGAAAACAAUGCCGUAAGACAGACUGUUGGCCGAGCAGGGGAACAAGGGACUGGUCCCCAGUCACAGCAGGGUAUGGUGGGAUCCUUACAGCCCCCUAAGGACAACAAAGAUGGUAUCAGGAUUGUUAGUGUGACAUCACUGUCUAAUGGUGCUGGGCAGUUUCAGCUGGAAAAGAACUUGACAAACUCUGUGACAGAUAAUCUUCCUUGCAGCAAAAGUGAAUGUGUGGCUUCCCCACCAGGUGCCCCUGUGGUUUCAGGCUGUGGCCUGUCUUCAGUCUCUGCACUAAAUACCCAGCAGCAGCAGCCAAAGCAGCCAGUGCAAGUAAAUAGUGAAGGAAAGGCAUUCAAUAUGGUGCCAAAGAACACAAUCUUACUUACACGGAAGAAACUUCUAGAGAAGGCAAUCCUGCUGAAAAGAAGGGUCAGUGUUCAGAACAGCCCAGCAGUUUCCACUCCUCCAGCUGUUCAGCGCUUUCCAAUGAGUAACCACACUGUGAGACAACCAAUAAGUACAGUACAACGCAACUCACCCACCAUGACCACUGUUCCAAAUGCACAUGUUCCUGCCACAAGUGCUGCAAACAGCCACCUGAUUGCAAACUCUUCUGCACCACAGCAGGUUAUGCGAGAUGGACAGGCAGUAAACCUGGGCAGGACUGCACCAUCGCUUCUUAUUGCUGGUUCCCGGCCUAGCAUUGGCCCCAUGGGUAAAGAUGCAAAUAGCCAACCUGUCCUAGUGACCACUAAUACUUCAGCACCUGUGCAAAAUUUCUUACACAGCAACAGCCAGAUGGCGAUCACCACAGCUACGGGUAGCAGCCAGUUCACAGUGCCAACCACCACGAUCAGCAUGAGUGCACUAGUGGAGAAAUUAGACACUGUGUGUACAGAGAUUCAGAACCUGACAAAAGCAUUUCAGAGUGUUGUGGACCGACAGAGCCGCCUGGAACAGCAGCAAGAGCAGCAACAGCGGACUCAACAAGAUAUUCUAGCAGCUCUGCAGCAACUGAACUUUACACUAAAUGCUAACCAGGCUCCAUUAACACAAAACUGUAUGUCAUACAACAACCCCACUGAUGCUCCACCUCCCACCCAACAGUUCGGACAGUAUAAAAUGGAACUUUUUUAGAAUUGCAUAUACAGUGAAAGAUUUUACCUGAACUUGAAAUAGCCCUGAUCUCAUACCAAGUGUAGAGAGCACCUAAAAUGUUACUGGCAGCAGCUUUAGGACAACUGUACUAGCAGUAGUACAGGCUGCUACUUGGUCUGCUAUUACUGCAGUACUGUAAUUUUAUGGAGUAUGUGGGCAUUUUAAAGAGAAACAAGUGAAUAAAAACAUAUUAAAUGCAUUUUUUUGAUCAAGGGCAGAAUGAAUGCUUUGUGUAUGUUAGAAGAUGACUGAAUGCAGCCGUGUGAAAGUAGGUAAUGGGUAAAAAGGAUCUCUUAUAGUGUAACAGAGAAUGAAUCAUUACUACAGUGAAUGUAAUUUUAUUUUUCUAUUAAGGUUUUUGUCCUUGCUGUGCAUACUUAAGACACAAUUUUCCAGUGAGGACAUCCAUGUUGUUUGUCUAAUGUUGUCCACUGUCUUGAUUCAUAUCACUGGAGAUGUUCAUUAGAUCACUUCUGCAGUAGUCAUUACAUAUGGGACCUAUCGUACCAGGAAUACCAUAAUCUGGCCACUCUAUAAAGCUUCAGCCUCCUUCCUUAUGCACUGUGCAUCCAUUUCAGCACACAAGUGGUGUACUGGCAUUCCAAAAUUCACAAUUUUUUUCACUAUUCUGUAUGUGAACACUCAUUUUUUUUCAGCAUGUGCAUACUCUUGUCAGCGUCUCAUCCACUGUAACCAUGUGGUCGGCUUAAGUACAUUGUCAUCAGGCAGGUAAUACCCAUUGGCAACCCUUCUUUUUCAUAUGUGGUUUGCCCUGAAGACUGUUGAGUAGCCUAAACUUCCUUUGUAUUUUCUUUAAGAACAAGAUGUCUUCUGUACUUAGCAUGAGUAGCCAUGUCAUUGGCUUUCCUUGCACUGGAACUUGGCCCUCAGGUAAAGAUAUUGAUGAGAAGUGAUUGAUGAUAACAAUAUAUGUCUGUGAUUGAUGACUACUAAGCCGAGACACAUUUGCUGUCUCCAGGCCAUCAGUCUGCCACUCUUGGGCCAUCUAGUCUAUCCCCAGGAUCCUUGCAUGUCCAUACAGACUUCAUCCAGUAGAGUCAGCUGGGAAGGGAGAACUGAGGUUCAUUUUGUCUGAGGGUGACAGAGGUAUCCAUCAGGAAGACAUCAGGGGAUCCCUCGUGGAGGUAGACAUGUAUGUGGCUUCAAAUCCAAAGAUCAUAUGUCUGGAUAUCUCAAGAAGCAUACACACAAAACUAAACAUAUAUCCCCUCCUUCGAUCUCUUCGUCUAGAAGUGGAACGAGGAUCAUUGAUAUAAUUUUGUUCAAGAGCUUUUUUAAAGCUGUUCAGUCUUCUCAUUCCUCUUUGCCUGCUUCUUCCACUACUGCUCAUGCUUCUGUUAAGAGGAAGAAAGUUAAUUCCUCUUCUGAUGAUGAAAGAUUUGAUUGUGCAUUGCAGAUUCCUUCCCCCACUGGAUGUGACUGUGAGGCAGAGGAAACCAUACUAGAUGCGACUCUGAGGCAGAGGAUACAUUGUCCUCUAGCUCCCUUAUUCAGAAAAUCUCCCUUGAUGACACAAUAGCCAAAAAGAAAGUUUUGUUUUCAGACAAGUUGGUAAAGUAGUUUCUGACUCCCAGAAAAUCUACUGUGCAUUACUUAAUGUAGAUAUCCCUAAGCCUGUUGCUAUGCCUCCAGUCUUGGGAGAUCUUGAGGAUGCCUUCUCAGCUGCUUCUGUGUACUUAGAUUCUCAGCCCCGCAACUAAAAAGCCAGGCAGGUUUUAUAGAGUCUCAGAUUCACACAAGUAUCUUUACAAAAAUCCCUCUGCUGAUCCUGCUGUUACUUUGGAUGCAGGUAAAGGUUCUAAAACUUUUCAUCUUAUCCAGCUCCCAAUGAGAAAGACAACAGAACACUUGAUAUAGGUAUGUGAAAAAAGGUUUAUAUUUCUACCGCCUCAGUUUUAGAGCAACUAAUUGCCAAACUCAAAUGUCUGUUCUUUUAUUUGCCUUGACAUACAUUGGGUGACCCUCAGCCAAUCUACCAAAUUCAAAGCUCAACUGUUUAAUGACCUCUGGAUAAAGACUUCUUAUUAGUGAUUUCCUUUACUGAAAUUCUUGAAAAGGUAGAAGACAGAGGUAAACUUAUGCAGGGGAUUUAACAGCUAUUCCUGUCUCUGGUUCUCAAAUUCCAGAGGCGCUAUCCUUUCAGUCUAGUCUCAUGUUGUAAACCCUUCAUAUGAGGUCAGCGGAAGUCAAGGAAACAGCAGUUCAAAAAGGAGAAAAGUGAUGUCAAAAAGAAAGUCAAUGGUUCCUAUGGAUCCACUGGAGAAAACUUCUGCCAGUCCUUACCUUUUUUCCUUCUCCCCCCUCAUAUCCCCACUGUGACCUUUCACUGAAAAAUUGAAGGGAAUCUUUCUCUAUGAAUUCCAGCAUGGCAAUCUGUAACCACAGUCUUUUGGUGCUAAGCAUAAUGGAACACGGAUAGACUCCAAUGAGCAUUUUCUCUCAUGCCAUCAGGGAUUCCUCAGCCUGAAAAAAAUCAGAUUAAUGUCAUGCCUCAAAUCAUUGCCAAGUUAUUUUGUCGGGGUCAUAGAAUUAAUCCCUACAAAGCAGUGGGGACAAGGUUUUUUAUUUGACUUUUCCUUGUUACUAGCAAAUAAGGAACUUUGAGGCCUAUUUUAGGUCUAUCCAGGCUAAACACUUUCCUGUUUACUCCAAAAUCUAAAAUGUUGACAUCUUGCACUCUUUCCUUUUCCCUCAAGCCUUUCUAGUCACCUUAGACCUAAAUGAUUAUUUCCAUAUUCCCAUUCACAAAUAAACAUAUAUUUUUAAGUUAUUUUGGUUUGAGAUUCUAUCAUCAGUUUAUUUCAUUGCCUUUAGGUCUUUCUCCCACCCUAAGAGUCUUCCCCAAAUGCCUCGCUGCAGUGGUAGUUCAUUGUCAUCUUCAAGGCAUAAACAUUUUUCAUUAUCUGGAUGAUUGCCUGAUAUCAGCUUCAAGCAGUCAAGACUCUCUAACAGCCUUACAGUAUACCAUGACUCUUUACAGCAGUCUAAGAAACUCAUCCCUUGCUCCAACUCACAGAUUAGUAUUUCUGGAGAAUCUUGUACACACCUCUGUCAUGACAGUCUUUCUUCCUUCAGAGAAAAUGCCAACACUUUUUCUUGUCUUUCUCUUCAUUCAGACAAGGUCCACUGCUAGAAAAUUUCUGAGAAAUCUAGGUUUAAUUGCCUUCUCCCUUUUAUGAUUCCACUUGCCAGACCUCACAUGAGAAAAAUCUCUCAUCCUAUUUUCAGUUAUCAGUUGUAAGAAGACUGAACUUCUUUGGUGGACCAUUCAAGUCCUAUUACAACCCAGAGAUUUCUGUUUCUCUCCAACCCCUCUCAGAUAGUGGCCACAGAUGCCUCAACUUUGUCUGGGGCACUGUUUCUCAUGGUAUCAGGGUGCAGGGAAUCUGGAAUCUAUAGCACCACUGCAAACACAACUUGAAGAAAAUUAUGACCCUGAUAAAUUCCUUAAUUCCCAGAAUCAGCUUUGGUUUCCAGGAACUCUUUGUUUUACAAGACAACACCACCACCAUGUAGAACAUAAACAGUAAGGGACAAGAUCACACCCCCUUUGCAGACUGGCCAUGACUGCCUGGGACAUGGCUCUCCAGUACAACUUGUUUCUUCAGGCUACUUAAUAUCCCAUCACAACGGAACAGUGUAGCAGUCUUUGAGCAGAUCCAGGAUAGAUAGGAGGUCUUCCUACAGAUAAUUCAGCAAUGGUGAACUCCCCAAUUAGGUCUGUUUGCCUCCAGUCUAAACAGAGAUGUCAAAAUCUGUUGCAGGAUUCCUUGCAAGGAGGCCUGGCAAACACAUGCAUUCUCAGUCUGUUUUCCUCCUUUUUCUUUCAUUCCCAGAAUCAUUCUGAAGAUCAGAAAGGACUUACCAAAAAAGUUACUGGUGACUCUCUUUUGGCCCACACAAUACAUUUUACUCUCUUCUCACUGGCUAGUUUUUUUUUUUUUUUUUU